UCAACACUAUUUCACUGGUGAGGAACCCAGGCUUAGAGGGUGGUCCGCCCUGCCCGGCGCACACCCUGCGCAGAUCUGCUCAGCAGUCAGGCGGGAUGGGGGCCAGCCGGCAGGAGAGUCGCGCCGGGCAGGUGGGAGCCUUGCUUCUCGGGCGUAGCUGCGGAACGCGCUACAGCCUGGAGGCCUCGGAUGGUCCAGCAGGAAAGGCCGGAGGUCCGCCGCGCUCCGGACCUAGCUGUACCGCCUGCCAACCACUGUGGGGGAGACACCUGUAGGGGACACCUGUGCACAGAGGCUGGGUGCCCGCCCGGAGCCCCGCGACCCCCCGGGCAGCUGCCAGGAGCCCGGAGCCGGCCACCCGCCCGCGGCCCCCCGCCUACGGCGCUCCAGGGCGGAGUUUCUUCCUCUGCUCAUUGUUCACUGCCCAGCGCCCGCCCAGCUCCCGCCCCGCCCGGCCCAGCCGCCGCCGCCGCGGGCGCGCUCCUCGGGAGGGGAGGGGUGGGCAGGGGGAGGGGCGGGGGCCGGCGCGGACGGGACGGGAGUCGCCGCGGCUGCUGGCGGGGCCGCAGCCGCGCAGACGCCGCCCAGGACGCAGCCGCCGCCGCUGCUGCUCUGCCGCUGGCUCCGCGCCCCAGCCCUGCUCUGCGGCAGCUGCGGAGAGAAAGGGCCGCUGAGCGCGACUCCAGAGUCCCGGACCACCGCAGGGCCGCAGGAGCCACCGCCAGGCCUCCCCGAGCGGCGCCCACGCUCCCGCCACCCGGACGCACGGACGCUCCCUCCGCUAGUCCCGCAGCCACCUGCUCCCGGCCCGGAGGCGAGGACACGAUGCGCUCCGCGCUGGCGCUCUCGGCGGUGCUGCUGCUGCUGCUGCCUCCGCCGUCGCUCUUCGACAAUGCUCCAACCAGCCAGACCAAUGAUAAAUCAGAUGGGGCCACCAAGAUGGUGUCAGCCACAACUAUAACACCUGGUAGCACAAUAGUGACUACAAAGACAGCCCAACAGAGCACAGCACAAACGACCCCUAGCACGGUGACAGCGACCGCCCGCGACCAGGACACCAACUCCCCUGCAGCGUCCAGCGGCCCGGUGGGAACUACAACCCCAGAUGAAGCCUCAACCCAGAGAACCCUCACGACAACUGCUGGUGGCCCCACGGUUGUUGGCGUUUCGAGCAGGCCUACCUUUGCUUCAUCCACUGUUCCAACGAAGCCUGAAACCACAAAAGGUGUCGCUACUUCCACUGACUCUGGAGCCCACAGUGACCCCAUUGUGACAACAGGCCCCGCGACUGAGGGAGAAAGUCACACCACCGUGCAACCUACCCCUGGGGUUAACACCUUAAAAUCCGCUUCUGCCCUUCCUCCGGCAACAAACCCGGCAAACUCUCACCCAUUGACUAACGUUACUUCGGAGCCCUUCAAGAGCUCUCCCACGGGACAGCACCCUCCUGCCACAGCUUUAAGUAGUGCAGGCACUGUGGUUGGCCUUAGCCACACCUUCCCACCCGACAGGGGACCUACCACGCAGUCAUCAGUGGCUACCGUACAAGAAACACAACAGGCUUCCAGCCAGAGGCCAGUCAUCCCUGUGAGCUCUUCCGAGGCAGUGUCACAACAGCACACAAGUGUGGCACCGGGAACUAUGGCCAGCACUCCCGUUAGGACACCCACGAGAACCAGCCCCAAGCUGGCUUCCACUGCCCCCGAAGGCCCCAGCAGAUUUCCCACCUUGGCUUUUGGGAGGAACAAGAUAAGCUGCGGUUCUCCUGAAAAACCGAAUGAGGACCUGCUUAUCCUGAACUUCACGAGGACCAGCCUGUGCCAGGUAAGCAGCUCUUCAGAUGAUAACCUGGUCACCAUCCUGUGCCAAGCAGCCAAGGCCACCUUCAACCCAGCUCACGAUGACUGCAAUGUAGUGCUGGUACCUGUUCCAGAAAGCCAGGCAGUGGCAGUCAAAGAAAUCGUGAUCACGACAAAGCUCCUUCCCAAGGACAUAUACGAGCAGCUGAAGGACAAAUGGGAUGACCUAAAAGAGGCGGGAGUCAGUCACAUGCAGCUGGGGGACCAGGGACCACCAGAAGAGACUGAGGAUCGCUUCAGCAUGCCCCUCAUCAUCACCAUCGUCUGCAUGGCAUCCUUCCUGCUCCUGGUUGCGGCCCUCUACGGCUGCUGCCACCAGCGCCUCUCCCAGAGGAAGGACCAGCGACUAACCGAGGAGUUGCAGACCGUGGAGAACGGUUACCAUGACAACCCAACCCUGGAAGUGAUGGAGACCUCUUCUGAGAUGCAAGAGAAGAAGGUGGUCAACCUCAAUGGGGAGCUGGGGGACAGCUGGAUCGUCCCUCUGGACAACCUGACCAAGGAUGACCUAGACGAGGAGGAGGACACACACCUCUAAUGGGUCUGCUG